GCCGUGGGGACCAGCUGAAGAGACAUUCAUUCACCUGGUUCAGCGGAGGGUUCAACUGUAUCUGUCCACCACAGCUAUGACUGAGGGAACGUGCUUGCGGAGACGAGGGGGGCCGUACAGGACCGAGCCAGCUACAGACCUGAGCCGCUGGAGGCUGACUAAUGUUGAGGGCAGGCAGACCUGGCGCUAUGUGGAAGAUCAGGAAACCCCAGACAGAGAGCAGACCAUGCUGGAAGCCCACUCAUUAGGCCUGGACACAAGUAAGUUUGUGUCUGGCUCCCCAGCUGCCCACACAGCUGUGGAAGCCGCCCUGAAAGGUAUGCACUUCUACAGUCACCUCCAGGCUGAGGACGGUCACUGGGCAGGGGACUACGGUGGACCUCUCUUCCUGCUCCCAGGCCUCCUGAUCACGUGCCAUGUGGCUAAGAUCCCUCUGGCCGAGGCGUGGAAGAAGGAGAUGGUGAGGUACCUGCGCUCCGUUCAGCUGCCGGAUGGAGGCUGGGGUCUACAUAUUGAAGAUAAGUCCACCGUCUUUGGCACAGCACUGAGUUACACUUCGUUAAGGAUCCUGGGAGUAGACCCUGAUGAUCCUGACAUGGUUCGAGCCCGGAAUAACCUGCACAGCAAAGGCGGUGCAGUGGGGAUUCCCUCGUGGGGUAAAUUCUGGUUGGCCAUUUUAAAUGUCUACAGCUGGGAGGGAAUGAACACACUCCUACCAGAGAUGUGGCUUUUCCCAGCUUGGAUGCCAGCCCACCCCUCUACUCUGUGGUGUCACUGUCGCCAGGUCUACCUACCCAUGAGCUACUGCUAUGCUGUCAGACUGGCCGCUGAAGAGGACUCCCUGAUCCUCAGCCUCAGACAGGAGCUUUAUGUCCAAGACUAUUCCACCAUCAACUGGCCUGCUCAGAGGAACAAUGUGGCAGCAUGUGACAUGUACACCCCUCACAGCACACUGCUCACAUUUGCCUACAUGAUGUUAAAUGUGUACGAAGCCCACCACAGCACCACGCUGAGAGGCAUGGCUGUCAAAGAGCUGUUUGAGCACAUCCAGGCUGACGACCGCUUCACUAAAUGUAUCAGCAUUGGACCGAUCUCCAAGACUAUCAAUAUGCUGGUUCGCUGGUAUGUAGAUGGUCCCUCCUCUCCAGUGUUUCAGGAGCACGUGUCCAGGAUCCCAGACUACCUCUGGCUGGGACUGGAUGGUAUGAAAAUGCAGGGAACCAAUGGAUCUCAGCUGUGGGACACUUGUUUUGCUGUACAGGCUUUCCUCGAGGCAGGAGCCCAAGAGAACCCCAGGUUUGCUGAGUGUCUCCAACAGGCUCAUCAGUUCCUCACCAUCACACAGAUACCUGAGAAUCCUCCUGAAUACCAGAAGUACUACAGGCAGAUGAACAAGGGUGGCUUCCCGUUCAGUACCCGUGACUGUGGUUGGAUCGUGGCUGACUGCACAGCCGAGGGCCUGAAGUCAGUGAUGUUGCUGCAGGAGCUCUGUCCUUCUCUCAGCCAGUCUGUCACCUCGGAGCGUCUAUAUGAUGCCGUCAACGUGCUUCUGAGCAUGAGAAACUCAGACGGUGGAUUUGCCACAUAUGAAACUAAGAGAGGGGGGAGACUCCUGGAGCUACUCAACCCCUCUGAGGUGUUCGGUGAUAUCAUGAUAGAUUACACGUAUGUGGAGUGUACCUCAGCAGUAAUGCAGGCUCUCAGGCACUUCCAGAAGGCCUACCCUGAACACCGUGCUGAGGAAAUCAGGUCCACUCUGAGAGAAGGACUGGAGUACUGUAGGAAGGUACAGAGGCCUGAUGGAUCCUGGGAAGGGUCCUGGGGAGUGUGCUUCACCUAUGGAAUAUGGUUUGGCCUUGAAGCCUUUGCUUGCAUGGGUCACAUCUACGAGGAUGAGGAUGUGUGUGUAGAGGUGCGGAAAGCUUGUCAGUUCCUGCUGGACCGACAGAUGCCGGAUGGGGGCUGGGGGGAGGACUUUGAGUCGUGCGAGCAGCGGCGUUACGUCCAGAGCAGCUCUGCUCAAAUCCACAACACCUGCUGGGCUUUGUUAGGCCUCAUGGCUGUCAGGCAUCCUGACAGAAGGGCCAUUGAGAGAGGAGUGCAGCUCCUGAUUGACAAGCAGCUGCCCACUGGAGACUGGCCACAGGAGAACAUCUCAGGCGUGUUCAACAAGAGCUGUGCCAUCAGCUACACCUCCUACAGAAACGUCUUUCCAAUCUGGACCCUGGGUCGCUUCUCAACACUUUUCCCCAGCAGUCCUCUGGCUGGGAAGGUCAAGCUGUGAAGACCUUUGAUGGGAGGGUAUUUUUUGACUCUUGAACCGUCUUAGUGCUUGAGCUGUGUUUUCAGAGUUGAAUCUAUCAGAUGAAGAAACAUUUCAUUCUUUUAGUUUCUACAUCAACAUUCCAGGAGCUGCUCCUUACAGAUCUGUUGUGAUAAUCUGCUGCUGUCCAAGACACCCAGCUAAUGUGCUGUGGUUUCUAAAGUGUAUGAAAGCAUUUGGGUCCAUGUUGCCUUAUAUUCCUGUCCCUUCACUACUGUUU